AUGCUGCAGGACGACGCGGAACUGAGAGCCGCAGGAGAGCAUGACACACAGGAACGCACCCGCUGGGAGACAGAACACAGUGCCACGGGCGAGAACGCCAUGGUCGAGAACACAGGCGUCGAAUCGGAAAAGGUGGCGCAGGAUCGAGCGCGGGCUCUCGCCCAGCUGCAGAGCCGGGUCGAGGGAAGAGCGGCCGAGCAAAGCACCGACAGCGCGCAACGUGAAUCCAACACUCCCACCGCCGUGCUCUCCCGGCCCGUCACUCACUUCGACCUGCGGGGUGUGAUCGCGGGAUGGCGUCAGCGAGGAAGUCAGCUGGACGCGCCCGGGGACUCUCACGGGAGAACUUCUCCAAGGCACCAACGAUCGAAGGCUGCCGGAAUUAGAAAAUCUCAGAAGAAAGACAAGCCAACGAGGCAAAAUGCUGAUCGAGCGGCCAAUCGAGUCGCUCCGAUCGCCAACGAGCUCGAAAGCGGAUCGAACGCCGAGCAGCUCGGGCAUGUGGAUGGGCUGCAGAGUCCAGAGCCACCACCAGUCGAGCACGGUGCGGCAGCUCCAGCGGUGAAGUCGACGCGACCGGAAACGAGGGUGGAGGCCGAUCGCGUUCGAUUUGACGUGCCCGCCGAGAAUGACGAGCUCGACCGGGGCCCACGGCCCAUAACUCACUUCAAUUUCAGAGAGUUGGAUGGAUUAUCGCUCACGGACCCUGGUGGGGACCGUACCAACGUCGCUGACCGGGAACCUUGGCCGCCCACGGUUCCGCUCCCCACCAUUGGGACUGAGCCCGAACGGGCGUCCAGCGACGGCAAGGUCUCCAUCACGUUCCACGUCUAUGAGCGGAACCGGUGGAGGGUCGCCGAUGUCCUGACCGUCCACCCCUCCGAGCCUUCCGUCUUGGAGAGAACGGUCUGGGGCUACAAGCGGCGGAGGAUGGGUUGUGUACGACAUGCACAUGCGGGCGGUCAGCGUCUCAUCCAGCUUUCGAGCGGCGACGUCGGACGGAGCCAACGCGCUGCUGUUGAUCCCCAGGGAGACCAAGGCGCAGAUGGACCAGGCACGUCCGAUCGAGCCGCCAGACACGGCCGCCGGACUGCUGCGCAAGAGGACCAGACGAAAAAAAAGGCUAAAUAG